GUACUUCGUCAGUUUCAUCGUCCAGUUCCAGUUCCACCAGCGGCUCUGCCAAGCGGCUGGACAUACGGGACCUUUGCACACCUGUGAUAUCUACAACAACGCGGACGCGGGACAGAUUCUCAGGUCAGCCUUGGAGCGCGGGUUCUCCCAGCCCUGGCCGGCCGUUCUGCAGGAGCUGGGCGGGUCUUCGGCGAUGGACCCCCAGGCCAUCAUCGCCUACUUCGACCCCCUGAUCCAGCACCUCGACCAGGAGCUCGCCAGCGCCGGCCAGUGCGUGGGCUGGGGAGCUGAUUGCGAUACUGGUGAUGAGGUCGAAGCUUCUUCCACCGACGCUCCCCCACCACCGGAAUCCUCCACCGACGCUCCUCCACCACCGCAAUCCUCCACCGACGCUCCUCCACCACCGCAAUCCUCCACCGACGCUCCCCCACCACCGCAAUCCUCCACCGACGCUCCUCCACCACCGGAAUCCUCCACCGACGCUCCCCCACCACCGCAAUCCUCCACCGACGCUCCUCCACCACCGGAAUCCUCCACCGACGCUCCCCCACCACCGCAAUCCUCCACCGACGCUCCUCCACCACCGGAAUCCUCCACUAGCGCCCCCUCGACGGACGACUCCACCACCACCACUUUAGCCCCAACCACAGUGGACCCCAACGACGAGGAGAGCGCCCGCCUCGCCCUCCAGCAGAUGAACGACGAAAUGACGGAACUGAUUCGCAACGCUACGUUCAUCGACUGGGAAUACUCCAUCGACGUCACGGAUGAGAACGAAGAAGCCUCGAACGCUGCCAGCCUCAUGGUUGGCCAAAGGUACAAGGAGCUGCACGCCGAAGUCAUCGAGUACUUCAACUACGAGGGAUUCGAGGACGAGUCCCUGAGGCGGCAGUUCGAGAUGCAGAAGACGCUCGGGACGGCCAAGCUCGACGACGAGGAUAUGGCCCAGCUCAUCGCCAUCGUGUCCGGAAUGACAACCACUUUUACUAGUGUCGUCUGCCCUUAUGACAAUCAGGAAUGUGAGGAAGUCGACGGUUUGAACAGCGACGCCCGUGAGUCGGUGAUGGCAGUAAACCGAGACUACGAAGAACUGAAAUAUUAUUGGGAAGAGUGGAGAGAGGUUUCUGGGAAACCCAUAAAAGAAAAUUACACGAAGUAUAUCACACUGCAGAAGCAAGCUGUGACAGAAUUCGAUGACGCCGGUCUGAUGUGGUUGGAACCUUACAACAUUUUAUCUGAGAAUUACACCCAAGAUGACUUCAAACAAGAUAUCGAGGACCUGUGGAACCAAACACAAGGGCUCUACCAGAAGCUCCACGCUUAUGUCCUUUACAAACUCAAAGAUUACUACGAAGAAAUUGACAGUGAUGCGGAUGUUAUACCGGCUCAUCUCGUAGGUAACAUGUGGGGCCAGAGCUGGGAAAAUAUCUACGACAUUGUGAAACCGUAUGACACGCCAAUUCCCAACCUGGAUGCCAUUCUUGAAGAAAACAUCGACCGCGAGGAGGAGAUGUUCGAGCUCGCCCAGCAAUUCUUCACGAGCAUCAACCUUUUCCCAAUGACCGAAGACUUCUGGAACAAUUCGCUCUUCAGGGAACCCGAGGCGCCCAGGAAGGCCAUCUGCCACGCCUCCGCCUGGGACUUCUACGACACCGUCAACCCCCAGGAGGAAGGGAGGUUCAGGAUCAAGAUGUGCACCAACAAACCAGGAGGACUUCAUUGUCAUCCACCACGAGAUGGGCCACACCAGUACCAGAUGGCGUACAGCGAGCCCAUCGAGGACCGCCCCCUGGUCUUCAGGGACGGGGCGAACCCUGGUUUCCACGAGGCCAUCGGAGACACCAUCGCCCUCUCCGUGACCACGCCAGCUCACCUCCAGCUCAUCGCCGACCGCCUCACCAACGGAACCUACAGCCUCACCUCACGCCGGCGGCCAAGCUCGACAACUGCCGAGCCACCAAGCUCCUCCCCUCCAGACAGCUCCUCCUCCUCCGCCCAGCCGCCACCGGACAGAUUCUUGACGGCAGCCAACGAGGAGGACCAGGGAGCUAGAGCAAGUUCCUCAAGCUCCACCUCUAGCGCCGCCGUCUCCUCAAGCUCCACCUCUAGCUCCGCCGUCUCCGAGAGCUCCAGCGAGGCGAGCGCAGACACCACGGAGGCCCCGGAGACUACGACUGAGAUGCCGUACCCGGAGGAGGACAUCAACUUCCUUAUGAAAACGGCGCUGGCGAAGGUAGCGUUCCUGCCCUACGCCUACAUCUUGGACAAGUACAGGUGGGAAGUGUUCGCAGACAACAACGAGAACGGCGAACUCAACAAACUCUGGUGGGAGAAACGGUAUCUCUUCCUUGUCUCGUGGCCCCGACGACAGAAGUGGCCCCCGACAGAUCCUCUUGUCUCGUGGCCCGACAGACCAGACCUGUCCUGUGGCCCCCGACCGAUCUAUGGCACCGACCUACUCUUCUCGUCUUCUCGUGGCCCCGACAGACCAAACCUCUUGUCCGUGGCCCCCGACAGACUCUCUUGUCUGGUGGCCCGACAGACCAGACCUUUCUUGUCCUGUGGCUCUCUUCUUGUCUCGUGGCCCCGACAGACCAGACCUUUCUUGUCCUGUGGCCCCCGACCGAGAUGGCACCGACCUACUCUUCUCCUUCUCGUGGCCCCGACAGACCAGACCUCUCUUGUCGUGGCCCCGACAGAGUUCGUGGCCCGACAGCCUUUCUUGUCUCGUCUUGUCUCGUGGCCCCGACAGACCAGACCUUUCUUGUCCUGUGGCCCCGACCGAUCCGGCACCGACCUACUCUUGUCUUCUCGUGCCCCGACAGACCAGACCUCUCUUGUCCGUGGCCCCGACAGGUCUCGUGGCCCCGACAGACCAGACCUUUCUUGUCCUGUGGCCCCCGACAGAUCUCUCUUGUCUCGUGGCCCCGACAGACCAGACCUUUCUUGUCCUGUGGCCCCCGUGGUGGCCCCGACAGACCAGACCUUUCUUGUCCUGUGGCCCCCGACCGAUCCCUAUGGCACCGACCUACUCUUCUCGUCUUCUCGUGGCCCCGACAGACCAGACCUCUCUUGUCCUGUGGCCCCGACAGACCUUUCUUGUCUCGUGGCCCCGACAGACCUUUCUUGUCUCGUGGCCCCCGACAGACCAGACCUUUCUUAUCGUGGUGGCCCCGAAGGCACCGACGACCUUUUGUCAUUUCUUGUCUCGUGGCCCUGGACCCGACCGAUCCCUAUGGCACCGACCUACUCUUCUCGUCUUCUCGUGGCCCCCGACAGACCAGACCUCUCUUGUCCCGUGGCCCCGACAGAACUUGUUUCUUGUCCUGUGGCCCCGACAGACCUUUCUUGUCUCGUGGCCCCGACAGACCAGACCUUUCUUAUUCAGUUGAUUGCUUGUUAUAGUGUCAUGGUGUCAGUUGCUAAACAAAAACACUUUAUGGAGAUUCAUAUAUAUCGAUAUGUGAGAGAUAGCUAUAAGGAGGCAUUGCAGCUCCUUCUCUCCUUCUCUCUCUCUUCCCUCCCACAACCCUCCAGUUCCCACAUUCACCCUCUUCUUUAUUCUCUGCCUCCCUCUCCUCACAGGUACUUCGUCGCCCACAUCCUGCAGUUCCAGUUCCACGCCCGCCUCUGCAACAUCUCUGGCUUCGAGGGAAAUAUUUACAACUGCAGCAUCUACAACAGCACGGCUGCUGGGGAUCACCUGAGGGACCUACUGCAGAAAGGCGCGUCGGAGCCGUGGAAGAAACAGCUGGGCGAUUUCCUAGGAACCGGAAAUGGCAAUAUGGACGCCUCGGCCCUGCUCGACUAUUUCCAACCUCUUGACGACUUCCUCACGAAAUUCCUGAGCGAUAACGAUAUCACGCCCGGUUGGCGUCAGGGCCAGGUGGAGAGUUACACACUCGACGAACGCGUGGAGAUCCCAGCCACCGUGCCGAUCGUCGUUGGCAUUGUCCUCGCCGUCAUGGUGGUCGUCGUGAUCGUCGCCUAUUUCGUCGGUCGAUCCAGGCAGAAGAAGAAGGCGAAGAAGAACAAGACGCCCGCUCAGACUCCAGGCGAGAACAUCGAGCUGGGUCAGCAGAAGACUGAUUUGUAAGCUGGUGGGAGGGGAGAGAGAGAAAAAAAACUUUCUUUUUUAAUUUUGUUUCCCCUAGAAAAGGUUUACGUUUUCUUUGAUUUAGGUUUUCAGUUUUUUUGAAGGGUAACUAACUUAAAAACCCUUAUGUCUGUAUUAGUUUUUCUUCUAAAUUUGGUAUUUAUCUUGGCAUCCCAACCCCAUGGGAAAUUACUUUACAGACUUUGUUUACUUGGGUCUACCUUUUAUUUACUGUCAUAUUUUAAAUAUUGAUUUUUAUUUACAUAAAUUCAGUAACAGACACACCGAUAUACUUAAAUAUAUCACUAGUCUUUUCUUAGAUUCAAUCUCUAGAAAAAAAAAGAGAUAAAUGCUAUUAAUUUUAUUAUCAGAAAGAUAUGUAAAUAUUUAUAUAGUGUGUGUUCAAAUGAAGGAAAGAGAGCAUUGUUAUAAAAGCCUAUUUAAUUUCCUUUGUAAAAUAAUAACCGGUAUUUUCUGCAGUUGUGUAUUGUAUUUUCCCCGUAAGUGUGCAAUAAGUUUUAUUGUUUGGUGAUGUUCAGAAUAUGAUAUAAGUAGACUUUAAUGAUGAUGUUUGUAAUGGUAAUGAUGAAAGAGGAAAUAUGGAGAACUGACAAUAAUGAUAACGGCAAUGGUAAUGAUACGCAGAAGGAUAACGAGCAUAGAAGUAAUAAAAGUGAUAAUAAGAAUAAGAAUGA